GGAGUUGCCACCAGCUAAAAAAAAAGAUUUGUGGAGAUGCCAAACUAACCCGAGAACCAUAAAAGUAUUAAACCGGCCGGUCAAUAUCUGUUACUAUCCAUUAUUCGAGCUUGAUUUGGGGGAUCAUCUAUAGAUUCUCUCUCUCUCUCUCUCUAGACCUGUCAAAACAUUUUUCUAUUCCGACAGCAGUUUCGCGUUAUCCCUACAAAAAAAAUCACUUUCUUCUCCGUUUGAUAAUCGGCGAUAAACCCCCAACCCUCGAUCCCUGCAGCUGAAUCCAAUUCGUUGUUUUUUCUUUUUUAAUCUCAGAGAAGACAUUUCAUGGUUUCACAGCGAUGAGAGGAGGAUCCGCACUUCUCGAUCUGAUCGUCUUCCUCCUCGUUUCUCCAUUCGCCCACAGUCUCAAGGGAUCUGAACUCUCCAAAUUCUCCGACAAAUCCGUCUCCAAUCAAAUCUCCCAACCCGACCGUUAUGUGUUGGUAGCUACGGUCGAUGGAGCUAUCUCAUUGGUGGACAAGUCUUCUCGGAAAGUUGAUUGGACUUUCGACACCAACGAGCCUAUCUACACAUCCUACAAGGCUCCUCACUAUCAUGGCGGCGAACGUGCGCCUUUGCUCAGUGAUGACUUCUACAUGGACUGUGAUAAAGAUUGGAAUCUUUACAAAACCUCUAUAAGAGAAGGGAACCGAACUAAAGAGAUAGUGGAUGCUUCAGAGUUUAUUGGAAGCUUACCUUACUCGCUGACGGAUAGGAUUGUUUUGGGGAAGAAGGACACGUCUGUGUUUCUACUGGACGGGAGGACUGGAGAGUUGGUUACUAGGUACAGAGUGGACGAUCUGUAUACUACUAACUCGGUGGUUCAGGACGGUAAAGACAAGGCUAUUGUUUUGUCUAAAGAAGCUCCGGUGGUGUUGGGGCAAGAGCACCUUCCGGAGAUGGUUUACCUUGAGAGGAGAGAUUUUAAACUCCAGUGUGUGUCGAAGUUUGGAGAUGUUUUGUGGAGUGUUUCUUACGCUGAGAUGGAAGCUAAGUUGCAACAUCAUGAGAGCGUACAGCUCAUUGGUGGUGGUGGUGGUGGGUUGUCGAUGGUGAAUGCUACUGUGAUGCGGUUCCGUGAUUAUAACUUUGAGAAACUGUUUCCGAGAGUUGGUUUUCUUGAUGGAGCGUUGUAUCUAGCGGUUCCAGAUAGAAAGCAGAAUCAGUUGGCUCCUGGGAAUGGGAAUCCUCUGGCACUUCCGAGCAACAAAGAGGCUGAGCAAGUCCUCUCCCUUCCUCUCGCCGAGACGACAAUACAUCAGAUCACAGAUGGUGUUGAUAGAAGCACUACAAAGACUGGCUUCGCUAGCAAGUUGAUUGUCCUGCUUAUCGGCUUUUGCGUUUCUGUUCUUUCUCUUUGUGGCCUUGUCUUUCGUCGAGUAAGGCAAAGGAGAUGGAACAAGGAGCCUUCCGUAUCUGAAGUGCCUAUAGUGACACCUAAGAAGAAAAAGCCUAAGAAAAAUGGGACUGUAAAGGCCGCUCCUCACAAGAAGAACGGAGGGAACAAAGAUCUCUCGUUCGAAGAGAACGAGAAAAAACUGCGUAUAAGCUUCCCUGACCUUAACAAUAAUGCACUGGAGGGAUAUAGAGUUGGCAAACUGUUUGUUUCCAACAAGGAGAUUGCUAAAGGAAGCAACGGAACCGUUGUCCUUGAAGGAUCCUAUGAAGGCCGUCUUGUAGCGGUUAAGCGUCUUGUGCAAACGCAUCACGAUGUGGCUCAGAAGGAGAUUUUGAAUCUCAUGGCUUCAGACAAGCAUCCAAAUAUCGUCCGGUGGUAUGCGGUUGACCAAGACGAGCAUUUUAUCUAUAUCUCGUUGGAACGGUGCGCUUGUAGCUUAAACGAUCUCGUACAUGCAUCCUCUGGACUCCUUGAGAGUCCAACGGCUUCAGUCGUUGAUAACGGCAAGGGAGUUGAACUAUGGAAGGAGAACGGUCACCCUUCUCCUGUUUUGUUGAAGUUAAUGAGGGAUAUAGUAGCUGGUCUAGUUCAUUUGCAUGAUAUAGGAAUCAUACAUAGAGAUCUAAAGCCUCAAAAUGUGUUGAUUGUUAAGAACAACUCAUCUCUGUGCGCAAAGCUCUCAGAUAUGGGUAUUAGCAAACGUUUGCCAGCCGACACAAGUGCACUGACUAGAAACUCAACUGGUUCUGGAAGUUCUGGGUGGCAAGCACCUGAGCAACUCCGCAAUGAGCGACAAACAAGAGCAGUUGAUCUCUUCGGUUUAGGGUGUGUACUCUUUUUCUGCAUGACUGCAGGCAAGCAUCCUUAUGGGGAUAAUUUUGAGAGGGAUAUAAACAUUUUGAAUGAUAGAAAAGAUCUUUUCUUGAUUGAGAGUAUCCCAGAAGCUGUUCAUCUUCUCUCUGGUCUCCUGCAUCCUGAUCCAAAUUUGAGACCGAGAGCACAAGAAGUUCUGCAGCAUCCAUUGUUCUGGAACGCUGACAUGAGACUGUCUUUUCUCCGGGAUGCAAGCGACAGGGUGGAACUGGAGAACCGAGAAGAAGGGUCACAGCUCUUGGCUGCACUUGAAAGCACAGCAGCGGUGACUCUAAACGGGAGGUGGGAUGAGAAGUUGGAUAGUAUAUUCCUAGACAACAUCGGGCGUUACAGGCGGUACAAGUUUGACAGCAUCAGGGACUUGUUGAGGGUCAUAAGGAACAAGCUGAAUCAUUAUAGAGAGCUUCCUGGGGAGUUACAGGAACUACUUGGGAGUGUACCUGAAGGGUUUGAUAGGUACUUCUCAAGCAGGUUUCCGAAGCUGUUGAUUCAGGUGUAUACUGUUUUAUUUAAUUACUGUAACAAUGAAGAGUUCUUUUUCAAGUACUCUAAGACCUCUGUAUUCUAGGUUUCUCUUUUUCUUCUUCUGUUGACUGACUGUAUAAUAUAGAUUUAAUCUUGAUAAAAAGAAUAACAGAACAUUUGUUACUGGCUGUCCAAAAAAAAAAGAGCAUCUGUUACU